AUGUCAAGUACUUCUCCUUCUGGUGUUGGUAUAGCACACUUGCCUAACCAAAAGCAUAAAAUUAUUUCCAAGAAAGGUGCUCAUUACACCUUAAUGGUGUGUGGUGAAUCUGGUUUGGGUAAAACCACCUUCAUAAAUACUCUUUUUGCUACCACCAUCAAAGAUUCCAGGUUGCCUGAAAAGCGAUUUGCCAAGCAAUUGGAUAAAACAGUGGAAAUCGAAGUAACAAAAGCAGAGUUGGAAGAGAAGCUUUUCAAAAUUAAGUUGUCAAUCAUUGAUACGCCCGGCUUCGGUGACUAUGUCAACAACAGAGAUAGCUGGAUACCCAUUGUAGACUUUAUUGAUGAUCAACAUGAAAACUAUAUGAGACAAGAGCAGCAGCCUACCCGCCAUGGAAAGAUAGAUAUGCGUGUACAUGCUUGUCUUUACUUUAUUCGGCCAACUGGACACAGUUUAAAACCAUUAGACAUUGAAGUCAUGAAACGUCUGGGCUCUCGAGUCAAUUUGAUUCCAGUUAUAGCCAAAGCUGACACUCUGACACCCAAAGAUUUAGCCAAAUUUAAAGAAAAUGUUCGUGAGGUUAUUCAGCAAUACAACAUUAGUGUUUAUGCAUGUGCUGUGGACAGCGACGACGAAGAUACCACAGCCCGCAAUCAGAACAUUGUUGAUGCCUCGCCUUAUGCUGUGAUCGGCUCAACUGAAAUAAUCAACAUUGACGGCAAGCAAGUACGAGGCCGUGAAUACAGUUGGGGUGUUGCUGAGGUUGAAAAUGAUGAUCACUGUGACUUUAAGAAGCUUCGAAACUUGUUAAUUCGUACGCAUAUGCUUGAUUUGAUUUCAAGCACCGAAGAAAUGCAUUAUGAGCAUUACCGUCAACAACAAAUGGCUAAUCGCAAAUUCGGUGAGCCAAAAGUACCUAGAACAAAAAAAGUCGAAAAUCCCAAGCUUCGUGAAAAGGAAGAAGAGCUUCGGAAAUCAUUUACUGAAAAGGUCAGAGACGAAGAAUCUAGAUUUCGUCAAUGGGAACAACAACUUAUUCAGGAGAGAAAUCGUUUGAAUAAGGAUUUAGAGAGCCAACAUGCUCAUAUUAAACAUCUCGAAUCAGAAUUGGAUAAUUUAUAUCAACACGGCCGUAGUGGCUCCAUGAGAAGAUAA